CUGCGUUCACAGGUGGCGAUGGCGACGGGGCAGGUGCUGUUUCAUCGCUUCUUCUACUCGAAGUCCUUCGUCAAGCACAGCUUCGAGAUUGUUGCUAUGGCCUGCAUCAAUCUCGCUUCCAAAAUUGAAGAGGCGCCUCGUCGUAUAAGGGACGUGAUCAACGUGUUUCAUCAUUUGCGCCAGUUAAGAGCAAAAAGGACUCCAAGCCCCCUGAUACUUGAUCAGAACUACAUAAACACCAAAAAUCAAGUAAUCAAAGCAGAAAGGAGGGUACUGAAGGAGUUGGGAUUUUGUGUUCAUGUCAAGCAUCCUCAUAAGAUCAUUGUUAUGUAUUUGCAAGUCUUAGAAUGUGAACGUAAUCAAACCCUGGUACAGACAGCCUGGAAUUACAUGAACGACAGUCUUCGAACAAAUGUAUUUGUUCGUUUUCAGCCAGAGACUAUAGCGUGUGCUUGCAUUUAUCUUGCUGCUAGAGCUCUGCAGAUUCCACUGCCUACCCGCCCUCACUGGUUCUUGCUCUUUGGUACCACAGAGGAAGAGAUUCAGGAGAUAUGCUUAACAACUCUUAAGCUCUAUACUAGAAAGAAGCCCAAUUAUGAAUUCCUGGAUAAAGAAGUAGAAAAGAGAAAAAUGGCGCUGCAAGAAGCUAAACUGAAGGCAAAAGGUUUAAAUCCUGAUGGAACUCCAGCACUCUCAACGUUGGGUGGCUUUUCUCCUGCAUCCAAACCAUCUUCCCCAAGAGAAAUAAAGACUGAAGAGAAGAGUCCAGUAUCUCUGAAUACCAAAACCAUUAAAAAAGAGCCAGAAGAAAGGCAGCAAGCUGCAAAGAGCCCUUACAAUGGCAUGAGAAAAGAAAGCAAGAGAAGUAGGAGCAGCAGAAGUGCUAGUCGAUCUCGGUCAAGAACAAAGUCAAGGUCUCGAUCUCACACUCCUAGGAGGCACUACAAUAAUAGGCGGAGUCUGUCUGGGACAUACAGUUCAAGAUCAAGAAGCAGGUCCCGCAGCCACAGCGGCAGUCCUCGCAGACAUCACAAUCAUGGCUCACCACACCUGAAAACCAAACAUAGCAGGGAAGAGUUGAAGAGUGCAAGUAGACACGGUCACAAAAGGAAAAAAUCUCGUUCACGUUCCCAGAGCAAAUCCAGGGAUCAUUCUGAUGUUGCCAAGAAACACAGGCACGAGCGGGGACACCACAGAGACAGGCGUGAAAGAUCCCGCUCCUUUGAGAGAUCUCAUAAAGGCAAGCACCAUAGUAGCAGUCGUUCAGGACACAGCAGACACAGACGCUGAGUUUUGAGCCUGCACCAGAUUCUAGUUGAGCCUGUAUAUAAUACAGUAAAUGGACUCCUAUUGGAGAACAAAGAAACCGAUUAGGAUUUGAUUAAUUUAAAGCCCAAUAUCUAAUUUUCUAAAACAUGUAGAACAUUUUUGUUUUGGGGGGGGGAAAAAACUGUUACCAACUUUUGCACAUAAUACCUUAGCAGUAUCAAAUUGAUGGAAAACAAUGAUCAGGUUAAAUUGUAUGUAUUAGAGUUGUGUAUUGUUUAUCAAUAUGAGAACUGGAGAAUGGAUUUCUGUAAAAGAGCAGAACAUACCUUAUUUUUAUACAAGCCAAUUGCAGACACUUAUAUUUAAGUAUAGUUAUUUGUUUAAACGAUGGUGGAUACUUUCUUACACUGGUUUUAGUCUGCAUGUGUUAAAAGAUUUUUACAAGAAAUAAAAUAUAAGGCUUUUUUUACUGCCU